UGUCUGUGGAAUCAGAUAGUAAUACGCUGCAACGCAAGCAGCAGUUCCGCUAGCUCUUCAGUUUAGAUUUCACCAAUGUCUGAAUUUUGACAAAUAUAUCUCUCAUUUCACGCAUGUAAAUACUUCUACCUACUCCUUAACUAGUCGGUCGAAGCAAAAUGGUCGUGUUCCACCGUGUCCGUGUUGUUUUGUUGCUGUUUUUUUUGUGUGGAUCGCUACGCAACGCCUUGAGUUUCUAUCUUCCUGGUUUGGCCCCGGUCAGCUUCUGCGAGCAAGACGCGAGCGGUAAAGGCAGCGACGUGCCCGACUGCAAAUCAGUCAUUGAGCUGUUUGUGAACAGGCUGGAUUCUGUGGAGUCUGUUUUGCCAUAUGAAUAUACAGCUUUUGAUUUUUGCGCUGAUCAGGCUGAGAAACGUCCAUCUGAGAACUUGGGUCAGGUGCUGUUUGGAGAGAGAAUUGAGCCAUCCCCAUAUAAGUUUUCCUUCAAGAAAAAUGAGGUGUGCAAGAGUGUGUGCGAUAAAUCUUACAACACAGAAAAAUCUGAGGAUAAAGCCAAACUGGACUUCCUUAAGAAGGGCAUGCUCCUUAAUUACCAACACCACUGGAUUGUCGAUAAUAUGCCAGUGACCUGGUGUUAUGAUGUGGAGGACAAUCAGAAGUUCUGUAAUCCUGGCUUUCCCAUUGGCUGCUACGUCACAGAGACAGGCCGGGCCAAAGAUGCCUGUGUGGUCAAUGCUGACUUCAAUGACAAAGACACCUUCUACAUCUUCAACCACGUGGACAUCACAAUCUUCUAUCAUGUGGUGGAGAACGAGGCUGCUGGUGCCAGGCUGGUCGCGGCUAAAUUAGAGCCCAAUAGUUACAAGCAUGGUAACGUGGAAACCCCAGACUGCACAGGGCCUCCCAUGAGCCUAAGCAACAAGUUUACUGGAGUCAUCAAGAUUCCCUAUACUUACUCAGUCAAGUUUGUGGAGGAUAAAACUAUUCGCUGGGCUUCUCGAUGGGAUUAUAUUCUUGAGUCUAUGCCACACACCAACAUUCAGUGGUUCAGUAUCAUGAACUCUCUAGUGAUCGUGCUCUUCCUCUCGGGGAUGGUUGCUAUGAUAAUGCUCCGAACGCUUCAUAAAGACAUUGCCCGAUACAACCAAAUGGACUCUGUGGAGGAUGCUCAGGAGGAAUUUGGCUGGAAGCUUGUUCAUGGAGAUGUCUUCAGGCCUCCCAGGAAAGGCAUGUUGCUGUCUGUCUUCCUGGGCUCUGGGACACAGAUCUUCAUCAUGACCUUUGUUACUCUCUUUUUUGCAUGUUUGGGUUUCCUGUCUCCUGCUAAUCGUGGAGCUCUGAUGACAUGUGCGGUGGUGCUUUGGGUGCUGCUGGGUACCCCAGCUGGUUACGUGGCCGCCCGCUAUUACAAAUCCUUCGGUGGGGAGAAGUGGAAGACCAACGUGCUGUUGACGGCUUUUCUGUGUCCAGGGGUGGUGUUUGCAGAUUUUUUCAUAAUGAAUCUGAUUUUGUGGGGUGAGGGGUCAUCAGCUGCCAUGCCAUUUGGCACUCUGGUGGCCAUCCUGGCUCUGUGGUUCUGUAUCUCCGUGCCUCUCACCUUUAUUGGAGCAUACUUCGGCUUUAAGAAGAACGGAAUUGAACAUCCAGUGCGGACCAAUCAGAUCCCAAGACAGAUUCCAGAGCAGUCUUUUUACACCAAACCUCUUCCCGGCAUCGUCAUGGGUGGAAUCCUGCCAUUCGGCUGCAUCUUCAUCCAGCUCUUCUUCAUCCUCAACAGCAUCUGGUCUCAUCAGAUGUACUAUAUGUUUGGCUUUCUCUUCCUGGUCUUCAUCAUCCUGGUCAUCACCUGCUCUGAGGCCACAAUUCUCCUCUGCUACUUCCACCUGUGUGCUGAGGACUAUCACUGGCAGUGGCGUUCCUUUCUGACCAGUGGAUUUACAGCAGUCUAUUUCCUGGUCUACGCCAUCCAUUACUUCUUCUCUAAGUUGCAAAUCAGUGGACUGGCCAGCACUAUCCUUUACUUCGGCUACACCAUGAUUAUGGCUCUCAUCUUCUUCCUCUUCACAGGUACAAUUGGAUUCUUCACCUGCUUUUGGUUUGUCACUAAGAUAUACAGCGUGGUGAAAGUGGAUUAAAUUAAACCAAUCUCAGAUGAGACUGAACACUUCUCCGCUCAAUGAGAGCUCCCAAAAUGGAGGGACCUAAGCGCUGUUUAACUGUAUCUGUUUUCAUGGCGACCCUGCUUUACACCAACAACUCUAAAUCAACACUACAAGUUCCGUUUACUUUGCUGUGUACGUGUGCAGUAGUAAUGCAUAUUCAAACGUUUGAAGAAAUCAACACGUCAGGUUCUUUAGUUGGAACUGAAUACAGCAAAUAUGCUCAUUGACCAUUGCAACUUACACAAGUAAUUGAGAUUUGGAAUUUGUAUUUUGUAGAUAUUACUUUUUUCUUUUCUUUUUUUCCCCUAACAUUCAAAUGAAAGGGUAAUGCAUAAAUCACAGAUAAGUAGCUCAAGUUUGUCAUUAAAUCGUUGACGUGUCACAAGUAUGUUUUUGUAAAUAGCAUUUUCUAUAAAUGCAUAAAGAAAAUAGAGAUAAAAACAAGUGAUUUCGAGUGGGGAAGUGUUAAUUAUUUUCUUUUCAUCAUGUUGGUACUGUACAAUUAUUGCUUGCGUAUACUUGUUUAUAACCAGUCGGGGGGGGGGUGUCUAUUUAUCGUUUUCUGUUUGGUCAUUUUGCUCUCUUUUUUUUUUUUUUCUUAGUUUCUGUUCAUCUAUCUCUCUCUCUCUCUCUGUGUAUGCCUCAACACAUUGUGUGCCUCAUUAUCACAGGGGAAAACCUUUUUUUUUCUCAUUUGCUCCUUUGAGUGAAGAACAGGUUUGUGAAAUUCAAAGUGUCCUGUCCAUACACAGGGAACUGGAGUGAAAUGAUUUCCUUUGUACAUAUGCACAGCAUUUAAACGUGUGCAUCCAUAAACUAUAUGAGCUUCGUUGGCCACCCAGAUUUGGUUUUUGUCUUCUCUGAGUUUGAAGUGAGACAUUAAGAAAAACAUAAACAUGUUAAAAAUAAAACCUUGUCUCCAACA